UGACAUGACAAGUAGUUUUGGCUAAAUGUCAUCUUCAUUGUUAAAUAGUUGAACAUCUUCUGAACAUCUUCACAAUGUCUUUUGAAAUUAACGAGCCACCCUUUCGCCUUGUCCACCAAACUCUUUGCAUCCGGGAGGUCAAUUUCGAAAAGCACUCACUCUUCGGUUUUGUAGACAUUAAUUUAAAAGCGACCAGAUUCCCACUGGAGAAAGUGACCUUGAACUGCAGGCACUCCAGAUUAUACAGAGUUUGUCUCAAUGGUUCCAGACAGGUGUCGUUUGACUACAGGGAUCCGACUCUUCUGGUAUGUCCUGAUGAUAUCAAACAGAGGAACUUGGACUACUUCUGUGGAGCAUACAUGCAAGCCAUUGAAGCUACCAAUUUUGACAUCGGGAAUGGAGAGCUGAGCUUUACAGUACCGUACGAUAUGCGCGCUGAAGUCGAACGAUCUGAAGAAUUGGCAGUCAGAAUUGAAUUUUCAUUAGAGUCGAAAAACGCAGGAGUUCACUUCGUCAAUUCGCCUUCUUUAGUACCUAAGCAGACCAACAAACCCACUUGUGAAAACAAACAGCGAAUUAUAAGACAUAAACAUAUGUUUACGUAUUAUUACGAAAACUGUAAUAAGCUGUGGUUCCCACAUGUUGACUCGCCUCUAAUGCCUUGUACGUGGAGAGUCGAAGUCACGGUUCCAAAUGACCUUUUAGCGAUAUGUUCUGGCGAACUUUUAGACGUCGUUGAAUACGAAUCGGGUAACCUUUUGACCUUCAUUUAUCAUGUUGACAUCCCAGUUUGUGCGAAUAAAAUCGGAAUUGUAGUUGGAGAUUUUGAAAUGAUGCCGGAUCAGAAAUCGUCGGAGAUCACACAUUUUUGUUCGCCAGGACUGAGCGCGGCGUUGACCAGCACAGUGGAAAAUGUUGUUGAUUGUAUUGAGUUCCUAGAGCAACAUCUAAGUUCGAGAUUGCCUUUUCAGCAGUUUAAAACUGUUUUUGUCGAAGAAGCGUUUACGCAGUGUUUGCCGUUCGCAGGAAUGUGUAUUGGUAGCGUUGCGCUGUUGCACACGGAGAAGAUAAUAGACCAAGUACCGCAUACUUUGAGGAAAUUUACUACUCCUAUCAGAAAGGACGAGUUGAAUAUAAAUCGAGUAGUAAAUUCCACCUCUCACAUCUCUUCAUCACCGCUUAGGCUUCUGGGGCAUGCAAUCGCCUCCCAGUUUUUCGGCUGCUUCAUUGCAUCGGCUAGCUGGAGUGACUCGUGGACUGUCUUCGGAAUCAGCAAGUACAUCGCUGCCCAGUUUGAGAAGGAGAUAUUCGGACUGAAUGAGUAUCUGUACUCUGUCAGGGAAACCAUCAGAAAGGUGUUCGUUUCUAUUAACUUUUCGGAAAACUCUACGUAA